AUGCAACCCAUGAUUAUCGUGUCCGAUUUGCGUGGCGAUCUGGACCUGUCAGCAAAGCUGUACUUUGACAGCAAUUCCAGUAUGAGGCUUCCGCCUUACGAAGUCCUAAUUUCUUGGCCAAGGCCAAAUUAUGACAGUCCUGUCACGCGAGGCAAUGCGCUCGUCUUGGUGAACUCGAUAUUUCUGGGCCUUGUGGUUAUAACGGUGGGCUUGCGCUUGUACACUCGCCUGGCCAUUAAGAGAUGGUUUGGCCUGGAUGAUGUUUUCAUACUACUGGCUCUACUAUUCACGAUUGGCCUUACGGCAGUAGUCCUCCUGGCAAAUCGAGAUUAUGGUUGGGAUCGUCAUGUCUAUGACAUUCCCUUCGACGCUCUCGUUCCUACAUCAAAGAUUGCUAUGAGCGCCAAGGUGGUCUUUACCGCCGCUGCCACGUUCACUCGAUUAUCUUUACAUUGUUUCUACUACAGGCUCGUAGCGGAUUCAGGCAAAACUUGGUUCAAGGGGCUGAUUCAUGCCAAUGUGAUAUACACUGUUGGAAUCUUUUUCUCAUUCACUUUUCUCUCCAUUUUCUUGUGUGAUCCUGUGAAGAAUUAUUGGGCUCUGGGGGCACCGGUUGAUAGCUGCAUGGAUGAGGGAUAUGUUACACUUGUGUGUGGCAUCAUCAACUGUGUCGCGGACUUUGCGACGACUAUUACUCCGAUGCCCCUCGUUAUAGGACUCCAUAUGCCACGUCGUCAGCGAAUCGCUGUGGCCCUCCUGUUCGGAUUAGGUAUGAUCGUCACUGUAGCCGGUAUAGUCCGCACAUGGUACAUAUAUAUUUCUCUCGUCAAGUCAUCUGAUCAGACAUGGUACGCGUAUCCAUUAUGGAUAGCUGCCGCUGUCGAAAUCGAUCUGGGAGUUAUAUGUGCAUCCGCGCCCGUUCUCCGUCCUCUCCUAUCCAAAAUACCUUUCAGUCUUUCUGGGACUUUUUCUCGAGGAAUAUCUCUUGGACGAUCCACUGGCUCGACAACAAGUGCACAAACUCACCGUCGAUCAGGGAACGCGCCAAUUGCGUCCGCAACGUCUUCAACUGGACAGUCCGAGACGCUCCACAGCAUCCCAGAACUCGGCAGUGACAAGGUAAAGAGGUAUGAGCUCAGACAUUGGGAUGACGAGGAAAGGCGUAUCAUGGCCACUGAAGAGGUCACACGCGGGAGCCAGGAAGCCAUAUUGGAUAAUGAAGUCGCAAACGACGAGCAACCAAAACAAGGAAUGGCACGUCUUUGGCAGAAGAUCAAAAAGAGCGAAUCAAAUCCUGAUAUGAAAGACGACAUGACUAUCACGCGGACAUCGGAGGUCGAACUGCAAAGUGAGCCAGCGAUCACUCAGCAACUUAGAGGUUAUCCACAAGUGCGAUCGCAGCAAAAAUUACAGGGUCCGGCUUCAGCACCGCCGAUGGUGCCUUUCAGGAAAAGACAAGGCCUCGUGUACGUCAACGAAAGAAUCACAGCAAUUCCAAGGCGUAUACUUGGUCAACGUCUUCGCCAGCAGACAACACAACACAAGGUCAAACAUAUUCCGCCAGCUUCUCAUCCUCAGGGGACAUAUAGAGAGACAAGGGCACUCAAGAUUCCACGUCUUGCGCCCACACGGCAGGAGAAGCGGACACGCUUGUUCCAGAAAACCAAAUACAUCAAAUAA